AUGGCUGCGAUGAAGGAUUGCCUCUUUUACGUCGGCCUCCUCAUCCUCGCCCACGCGAUCUACGCCGCGAUGGGGCGGCGGGGUCAGCUCCAGGCCUGGCACCACAGCCGCACGUGGGGCCCUCUCCCGGGCCUGGUUUUUUUCCUCAUCGGGGCAGAGGCGCUUCUCGGGAUGCUCCUGGCGAUGGUUGGGUUUGUUUACCGCAGCCCUCUUAAGGAGGCCCGCUUGGCGGAGCUCACGCAAUAUUAUCGCUACGACCGAAAUAUGCACACGGGGGUGGGGUUCAUCCAUUUCAACCACCGCGGCACCCUCGGUGCGGCGAGAAAGCCCGCGGAGGAUGGCAGGGCUUCCGAGACAAGCCUCCUCGACACCGAGGGCGGCGGGGAAACGGAGCUUGCGAAGAAAAACGAUUAA